AUGUUGACGGAUCCUGCAGGAAUCUUUGAACUGGUGGAGCUUGUUGGCAAUGGCACCUAUGGGCAGGUCUACAAGGGCCGUCAUGUUAAAACAGGACAGCUUGCUGCUAUUAAGGUUAUGGACGUCACCGGGGAUGAAGAGGAGGAGAUCAAACAAGAAAUCAACAUGCUGAAGAAAUAUUCUCAUCACCGAAAUAUUGCCACAUAUUAUGGUGCUUUCAUUAAAAAGAACCCACCAGGAAUGGAUGAUCAGCUCUGGCUGGUGAUGGAGUUCUGCGGCGCUGGCUCCGUCACCGACCUCAUCAAGAACACGAAAGGGAACACGCUCAAGGAGGAGUGGAUCGCCUACAUCUGCAGAGAGAUCUUACGGGGUUUGAGUCAUCUACACCAGCACAAAGUAAUUCAUCGAGACAUCAAGGGACAGAAUGUCUUGCUGACAGAAAAUGCAGAAGUUAAACUAGUGGAUUUUGGUGUCAGUGCCCAGCUGGACAGAACUGUAGGCAGAAGAAAUACCUUCAUUGGGACUCCUUACUGGAUGGCCCCUGAGGUCAUUGCUUGUGAUGAAAAUCCCGAUGCCACUUACGACUUUAAGGUAAGGACAAGCAUAUUCCCACUCAUUUAUACAUCAGUACAGAUGUGA